GUUUUACAAGCUAAUGCAUUAUUCAAACAAUUUUCAGAUUUUUUUUUUAUUUGACAAUUCCAUUUAAAUCUGUAAGAAAUGAAACAAAAAAAUGGUAUUACAUUUUACAACAGAAACAUAUGUAUAUUACAGUGUUCUUAAGUAUACCUUAUUAUCAAAGCAUAUUGUACAUUCAACAUAAUUUAUUUUUACAAAAUUAUUACUAAUACUAUUUGAGGUAAAUAUUAAAUCGAUUUAUUUAUAUUUACACAUAAAAAGUUAAUAAUCAUAAUUACCUGGAAAGUAUAACAAGCAACAUAGACAAGUUUAAAGAACUUUCAAUAUUUAAUAGAUACAACAAUGAAUUCAAGGUAAAAGAGUACAGUUUUAUAGAUUAAUAAGCUGGAUUAAUUUAAAAACAAAAGUCAAAGAAGAGAAAAAAGUUGCAGUAAUCCAUAUACGUGUUAUAUAAAAACUUCUAACUUUCCAUACUAAUUUUUACUAUUUUAUAUUAUAUCACUUUAACAUAAUUUAUGUUAGGUAUAUCAAUGUAGUUAUUGUAUUAGAUAUAGUAGAACUAUAAGCAUUGCAUAAGCAUUUUCAUUUGUAUGUCUGUACAUUGAAAAAUAAAGUGCAAUAGUGAGUUAAGAAAACCUAUCAGAAACAGAAUAUCCAUCUAGCAGGAAACUCUGUUUAAUCUCGCUUUACUAACCUAGCUUCAUUGAAAAUGUUUUUUACAUUAUAUUUUAUAAAUUUAUUGACUUGGUGUACAGCACAAAGACAAAAUUUUCUUUUAAUAAUCGUCGAUGAUUUAAGGACUGCUUUAGGUUGUUAUGGCGACUCAAAAGCUUAUACACCAAACAUUGAUCAUUUAGCAAAAAGAAGUGCCAUUUUUUCACAGGUAUUUGCUCAGCAAGCUUUAUGUGCACCAAGCAGAAAUUCAUUUUUAACAAGUAGAAGACCAGAUACCCUACAAUUGUAUGACUUUUACAGUUAUUGGAGAACAGAUACUGGCAACUUUACAACCUUACCACAACAUCUCAAGGAAAAUGGAUAUAUUACCAAAUCAAUAGGAAAAGUCUUUCAUCCAGGAAUUAGUUCAAACAACUCUGAUGAUAGCCCUUAUUCUUGGACAGAAGUACCUUUUCAUCCAUUUACAGAAAAAUAUAAAGAUGCUCCAGUAUGCCAAGCAAAUGUGAGAGUAUCACCUACUCAAAAUCUUAUAUGUCCAGUUAAAGUUUCAUCAAUGCCAAAUAAAACAUUACCAGACAUAGAAAUUUUGAAUGAAGCUAAACGUUUUAUAUUAAAUCAAACAGGAAGUACUAGACCAUUUUUCUUGGCAGUUGGUUUUCAGAAACCACACAUACCAUUUAAAUAUCCUAAAAAAUAUCUAAAGUAUCAUCCAUUACAUAAGUUUGAGGUACCUAAUCCAUAUAAAUGGUCAGAGAAUGUGAGUAGCAUAGCUUACAAUCCUUGGAAUGAUUUGAGAAGAAGAAAUGAUGUUGAAGCUUUAAAUCUUAAAUUUCCAUGGGAAAAAAUACCAAAAAGUUUUGCUGAAUUGAUCAUUCAAUCGUAUUAUGCUUCUGUAACAUACAUUGAUGAUUUAAUUGGUCAGUUAAUAAAUCAGUUGAAAUUUUCAUCACUUAUACAUAACACUACUAUAAUAUUGAUGUCAGAUCAUGGAUGGUCUCUAGGAGAACAUGCAAUUUGGGCAAAGUAUAGUAAUUAUGAUGUUGCUCUUAGGGUACCAUUAAUAAUGUCAAUACCAAGGCUUACGUUCAAACAAGACAAAGAAAAUAAAAGAGUUGAAGUUACAAAUCAAGCAAGUGCAACACAAAGUUUAUUAAACCAUAAACAAACUGAUGGUGAUCAGCUAAUACAUGGAUAUUCAAACGAUGUAUCAAAAUGUUAUAAAAAAAACGUUUUCAAUAUUGUAAGUGUAAGGAACUCAUUAAAGAAUCAGAUAAUUAUAGAUUCGUUAGUAGAAUUAGUUGACGUAUUUCCAACCAUCGCAAAUUUAGCAAACUGUUCAAUACCUAUUUGCUCGGAUGAAAAUACAAAAAAGGAAAAUAUGUUCAUAGAACAAAGUAAUCCUCGUGUAGAAAUUGUCUGUAGUGAGGGUAUUACUCUAGUGCCACUUAUAAGAGCUGCGCUACAAAAAAAGUCGCUAUUAUGGAAGAAGGCAGCAUUUGGGCAAUAUCCAAGACCAAGUAUUGAACCCUCCUUACAUCCAAAUAGCGAUGAGCCACGUUUUAAAGAAAUUAUAGCGAUGGGAUAUACUUUGAAGACAAAUAAAUAUCGUUAUACGUUGUGGUUACGAUUUAAACCUGAAAUGAAGGUACCAGAUUGGAACGAUAGUAUUGCAGAAGAAUUAUACGAUCACGGUGAUGACGAGGGUGAAACUCGAAACUUAGCAACUUCGCAAACACAUGCUGGGAUAAAAAAUGAAUUGAAAAUUAUGUUACAACGCGGUUGGAGAAACGCUUUACCAGCACCAUAGCGCAUAGAAGGUAGAUCAUACGCAGGAUACCACUCUGAAGAAACUUUGUAGAUUACUAUAGCAGCCCCUGCUGAAGUUA